UCGCCGGCUUGAGCCAUCAGGUGAAGAACGUCAGCGUGCGUUGUUACAAGGCGAGGUUUUGAAACUUUUUACGAAGUGUAGAAUCGACCAGCAGUCGCUGCAAUAUUACAUCGACUCCGGGCGUGGAGUAUUCCUUCCUGAGACGAGACCGGGAUGUGCCAUGGCUCUCAGUCGAUAUCUUCUCCGUUUCGCUUGGCUGCUGCAAGAUGAUGGCGGAGGUCUACAAAAGGCUGUACAGGGAUUUUUUUGCAGUAAUAUCUCGCUGAGUAUGUUGGUCGUAAAUCUUGGUCAGUGCGCUCUCGCGCUUGUUCAGUCAAAAACAGUAAAGGCAGCUGCUUCAGGAUUAAAAGUCGUUGGUACAUUUUAUUCAAAUAUGUCAGCAACGAUAACUCUUCGACGGCACAACUUCAGGCAGACAGUCCGAAGCAUUGCUGCUCUUUCUACGGACAUUGAGAGUGGCGUUGGAGGAAAAUGUGUGCCAUGGUACAGCGCUGCGGAGAGGACGGCGCGGCUCGUGCUGGUCGCUGACGGCGUCAUGGCCGCGUGGCGCGUGGGAGGCGCGACCUUGUGGUGGCUGCUGCCGGGCCGCGGCUCACUGCAAGGAAGCCGCCUGAGCGCGUUGCCCGGGCUCCUGCUCUCCGUCGUGUGUGUCGUCAUGUCGGCGCCGCCGCACGUCUUCCUGCACGCGCUGGUGUGCUGCGUGGUGGCGGCCCUGAUCGCCAUGCACCGGGAGCUUGCACACCGCCUCGAGCAGGCAGACGACGCGCAGGCCAUUCUGACUGUCGUGAAGCAGCACCAACGGCUGCACCAGCUCACCCAUGGACUUUGUGACGGCAUUGCUGACAUCCUGAUGCACUUCCUCUUCAGCUCCUUCUGCAAUGCGAUUGCGUGUACUCUGCAGAUUUUGGCGUCGGAGAGUGACAGCUACACAGCGGUUGGGUUCACCCUGCUCAUCGUUACGUUUCUACCGCUGGCAUCAUUGAGCCAAGAACUGUCGGACACCUGUCUGUACCUUCGAGGCGCAGCGUCUCGUGCAGCCCUCAGCUCCAGCUCGGCCGCCACGCGCCGCUCUCUGCUCAUGGUGAUGGUGGCCGCGGGGAGGCCGCCGAGUCUCUACUGCAAGGGCCUGAGCCCCCUGAACCUGCGCGCCGCCGGCAGCGCCAUCAAGUCCUGGUACUCGGUGGUCAGUGUGCUGGCCACGAGGUACUAGCGACAAUAUCAAAUAAACAUGACGAAUCCUCUUGUAGAGUUUCUCAAGAAUAACA